GGCGCGCGUCACCCUGCGGUCCAAAUGACUGCCAAUAGGAAUUUCAAAGACGGUGUGACUGUAGAUCACCUCUUCUUUCACCCCUGCCAGCCCUAUGCCCUGAUAGAGACAAUGUGGAGAUCAUGGCGGUAGGGAACAUCUCCUCAUAUACUACCAUGUUUCCACAGGAAAUCUAGAAGACACCAAUUCCUCAGUCUCGUGGAACCUGAUACAUCUCCGUACCCAUUAUAGCCACAUAAACGGUCUCACCAAUAUGGCUGAUUCCAAGAACUGCUCCUCUGAUUCCAAAGACAAGAAUGAUGCCGCAUAUUUGAAACGAAGAGAGCAGGUACGGCGAGCGCAAAGGACCCAUCGUGAACGGAAAGAGGCAUACAUCAAAACUCUUGAGAACGAGGUUUUGCAACUGCGCACGAAUGAAACAAGAAUAGUCCGGGAGGGAUCCGCGCUACAGGCAGAAGUCGAACGACUGCGGUCACUACUGGAUCAGCAAUACAUCACAUCGAGAAGCAGGGUCGAUAGCGCAACCUCCGAACCUAGGCUGGGAGGUUUGGGACACGAAAGCUCUAGUUCCUGUAGUUCUCCACGGGAACGACUCCCUGAACGAUUCUUAGAUUCGCAUUUUGAAGGCUCGAUACCAAUAUCCCGUGGUGAUAGGAUCAGCCCCGAGUACAAUGGGAGCUGCUCUAUCCCAGAACUGCGAUAUCCGCGGCGGCCUUCUCCAAUACAUAGGGACGGCCUCAUUUCUCGGCCUGGAUCGAGUGCAUCCGAAUGGGAUCAAGUACCUGCAUCCAGUUCAUAUCGAACUUCAACAAGUUCCGUACCCAGCAUCGAGUUGAGCGAAAUCGAUUUCGCGCUAGAAGCCCCUCUCAGGUGAGUGAACUCACAUCUGGUAUUUACAUACAUGAGCUGAUCAACUGGUUGCUUCAGUGCUCACUCUCCUCUGUCGCUGAACAGGAGUAAUUCAUUUCACUCGGACGAUCACAACUUGACCGCUCCAGCACUCCAUUACCACCAGAUCUGCUCAACUCAAAGUAUGGCUUCAACACCUGCUUCAUCUUCGCCUGUCUAUGCCGAUGUCCAUUCUGAUCUUGGGCAUCUGUUCGAUUCUGUUCCGCAUGAGCAUGCAAUGUCGAGCAGUGG